GAGAGUCCAUAAUACAGUGCUAUCAUUUUAUCUCGGCAACUCGAGUCCUUGAGAGAGCUGGAGCUGAGAGAACAUUCCAAUACCUUUUACUUUGUACAGGCCCCCGAUACACCCAUUUCCAACAGCAGCAGCAAUCCAUUUUCCACAGAUUGAAUCGGGUGCUGUCGAGUUAUUCAGUCGACAUCUCCGUCGCAGGUCUCCCAAAAAUCUGCUUCAUCCGUCGGCCAGCAGAUUUCCAGUGCCGGAAUUGAUUUGAUUUUUGGUUGUAGUGAAAAAGUAGUGGAACACAUUGUGUGGUUUGUCUCUCGGCCUGAAUUCACUAGAAACACACUUUUUUGUGUCUCGUUGCGGUUGUCCCACUUGUAAAUUUGCGGUCGAAAAAGAAGAUGGCUGAUGCGGAGAAGAAGAAACGUUUGAACGUCGAGUUCAAGUCGAUGCCAGAGUCACUCGAGGAGCAGUUCCUCAAGGACUUUCCAUCUUACGACGAGGGUCUGGUGCGUGGUGAGCCGGGAGGAUUUGUCCUGACGCCGCAGUAUGGAGAGCACGCCGAAGAGCUCUACAAUUUCCACGUCCGACCUGAUGACAUUUGGGUUCUGAGCUUCCCCAAAAGUGGAACGACGUGGACUCAAGAGCUCGUCUGGCUAAUUGCCAACGAUUGCGAUUUUGAAGGGGCCAAGAAGAAAUUGAACGAUCGGUCACCUUUCAUCGAAUUCCCAUGCUUGGUGCCGAGGAAUGGUGGCGAGCACCAUUAUGCGCACUUGCCAUCGAUUGGAAAACAAUUGGAACUCGUCGGCAAUUUAACGUCGCCGAGGAUCAUCAAAACUCAUUUGCCGUUGGAUUUACUGCCGCCCCAACUCUCCGAGACGUGCAAAGUUGUGUACGUCGCUCGUAAUCCCAAGGACGUAAUCGUCUCCUAUUACUUUCACCACCGACUGAUCAAAUUCCACUACUUUGAUGGCGAUUUGCAAAGUUUCGCCCACCGUUUCAUGCAGGACCAAGUCUUUUAUUCGCCCUACUUUGGACAAAUUCUCAGCGCAUGGGAACGUGCAAAGACCGACGAAAAUGUCCUCUUUCUCUUCUACGAGGAUUUGAAAAAGGAUUUACGAGGCGGGAUUGAAAGAGUGGCCCGAUUUCUCGGCAAAUCCCUCAGCGAGGAUCAGCUGGAAAAACUCACUCAGCACCUGACCUUUGAAAAUCUGUCAAAGAACUCGGCCGUGAAUAAGGAGGAUGGAAAAACCUCGGGAUCCUUCAACGAAAAUGGCCAAUUCAUGCGUAAAGGUGAAACGGGAGAUUGGGAAAAACAUUUUAGUCCCGAGCUGAGCCGCCAGGUUGAUGAGUGGACCGAAUCGAGUCUUCGUGGAAGUGACAUCACCUUCGUAGACAAAAUUUGAACAGGGAAUUUUCUUCAUUCUUUUU